ACAUUUUAAGGGAAACACAACUCGGUUCACGUGGGUCUGGACACGGCUGAUCUCAGACGUUGAAGGGAAGGUUAAAAUGCCAAAGAAAAGCAAAACAAAGAAUGUGAAGAGACGGAGUAGUGAUGAUGAGCAGCUCCAACCUAAACUGAGCAGGGUAGAGCAAAGCGACACUCCAGCCCCUCUGUGCUUCCAAAGCCCUGUCAGCUUGUUCGAGAGCCUCAUCCAGCCAAUGGGGACAGAGCAGUUCUUCAGGGAGUACUGGGAGAAGAAACCUCUCCAUCUUCAGAGGUCUGAUUCAAGCACAGCAUCCUACUACCAGUCUUUGUUCCAGCUUUCUGACCUGCAGAGCUUGUGCUCUCAGGGUCUGAGUUACUACAGGGACAUCAAUGUCGUUCGCUGCAUCAAUGGCAAGAAAAAAGUGCUCAACAAGGAAGGGCAAGUGAAGAGCAGUGUUCUCAAUAAGUACUUGGUUCAGAAUAAGGCCACCAUCCAGUUCCACCAGCCACAGAGGUUCAAGGAUGAAUUGUGGAGGAUCCAGGAGAAGCUCGAGAGUUUUUUUGGAGCCUUGGUGGGAUCCAAUGUCUACAUCACACCACAGGAGUCCCAGGGUCUUCCAGCUCACUAUGAUGAUGUUGAGGUAUUUAUCCUGCAGCUGGAGGGACAGAAACGGUGGCUUCUCUACAAUCCUACUGUUAGACUGGCAGCAGAGUACAGCCUGGAAUCAGCGGAGCGGAUCGGCAGCCCUACCCAUGAUAUUAUACUUAAGGCUGGAGAUCUUCUGUACUUUCCCAGAGGCACCAUCCAUCAAGCCAGCACUCCAGCAGGAGUGGACCACUCCACCCACUUGACUCUCAGCACUUACCAGAGAAUGUCAUGGGGAGAUCUGUUGUUGGACAUAUUUCCCAGUUUUCUAUGUGACAGCAGCAGGACUGAAGUCAGCCUGAGAGAGGGCAUGCCCAGAAGACUCUUACUGGGUAGCAGUGAAGGUCUAGACACCAGCAGUCGGCUGGCCACUGCCCUCAGAUCUCUGGCUGAUGAAUUGGAAACGGGGAUGCUGGAAGUUCGCUCCACUCACAUGAAGAGAGACUUUAUCAUGAACAGACUGCCACCAUAUAGCCAGCAGCUGCUCACACCUUCUGAGAGGAUUCCUGCCUUGGAGGAUAUGGUGUGUUUGAGGUGUAAAGACCACAUGGUAGUAACAGUGGAGCAAAGUCAAGAAAGAACAGAUGAGGCCACAGAGCUGGUUGUCUUUGUCUUACAUUCUUUGAAGAACCAGAGGGAAAGCCACAUGAUGGGUGAAGUUUGUGAUGAAGAGGAGGAACAUGAUGUCUCCAAGGGCUUGAAGUUCCCUCUGUCCCACCUCCAGGCCCUGCGACAGCUCCAACAGGCAGAGCAGCUGGCUGUGGCCCAGCUCCAACUGCCCACCCAGGAGGCCAAGCUCAGUCUGGUCCUGGCUCUCUGGAGUGAGAGCCUGCUGGAGGUGCUGUAGCACACCACUACAUCAAAAUAUGACUGAAGUGAAGUAUUACAUCAACGUAUGUUGAUUUUUACAAAUCCUUCUAAAUGUUUCUCCUCGCCUUAUUCUGUUUCCCUCCUGAAUAAAGUUGGCACAGCUCCAGCAGUGCAGGAUCUGAAGCUCUGAUCUCAUGUCACCAGCUUCUUUGAUGCGAUCUCUCAUUCAGCUUUUAUUUCAUCUGUUUUACUUUUUUAAAAAAAAAAGUGUGUUUCAGGAGUUUAUUUUCUAUCAUCUAUAGUGCUGCCCCCAACCAAAGAUUUUCCUGCUCACCACACCAACAUAAUAACUCAUAAUGAGCCUAUAUACUUUUUACAAGCACAUGAUAUAUAAUAACACAUAUUUAUCUAGGCUGUUUAACCUCAGAGCACAUAAAAACCGAAGGUAUACAGUGUUACCUCUUUAAAUCCACCUUAACCUGCAAUGGUCCAAAGGCUUAUUUGAAACAAUUCAUUUAAGGCCACUAAGACCAGAAAUUGGAAUAAACAACAGUAUUUGAUACAGCCAUUAUCUACAUGUAUGGAUUGAACCACACAACAUGCCUUGUGUUGGUUUCAAGUCUGGAUUAUUAUUUGUUUGCUUUAUUACAAACAUCAGUUUUGAAUGGCAUUCUUGUACUUCUGGAAGAGAACAUGUUCCUGUUUCACUCCUACUUUCUAUAUAAGAGGGGAUGUAGAUUAUUAUUAUUUUUUUUAGUUAUGAAAGAUUUAUGUACAAGCAUUAAGGUAUAGAAAAACAUUUGACAAACAAGGGACAUCAGAUGAGAAAGAGCAGUCUGAAUAACAAAGAAUAAAAAACAUUUAGGUAAACAAAAACAAAAUAAUAUGAAAAUGAAGUCAUGAAUGAAAAAAAAGAGUUCUACAUAUGAUCUUUUCAGUUCUUCAUCAGCUCUAAUGAGAGACUUUGCGUGAGUUGACUGUCCACAGUGUCCCUGUUAACGACAGAAGACAGGUUUUAUCUUCCUUCUUUUAGAUGUGUGGAUGAAGAAUUUAGACAGAAAUGUUAGGUUACUGAACAUCAUAUCACUUUUCUUGUGGUGAUACAGCAGUCCUGUAGCAUGUCACAGAGUACAUACAAUAUAAAAAAAAUCUUUAUCACAAAAACUGCACUUAAUGUGUUUUAGUCUUACUAUGGAUUUAAAAUGGACCCAUAUUGUCUUGGGCACAGAAAAUUUCUAAUUUUGAGCACAUGACUGAUUUACCUUCGUACAGUGGUGCAUGAAGUACUCAGAUCUUCUUAGGAGAUAAUAAGAAUUUUGACAUGUAGAAAUAGCCUACUCUGUUCCAAGAAAAAUUCCUGUGCUGAGAAUUUUACUAAAAUAAAAGUAGAAUAAUAUUAAUAUAAAUAAAGUGCUUAAAGAAAAACUACAAAUUAUGCAGGAUAGCCUAUUUCAGAAAAUUAUUGAUUUAUGAUUAUUGAUGCACAAACAUGUAAGUGUCAUUAAUUACGCUACAUACCUAGUUUAUAGCACUAGAUCAUUUAUUUGUUGAAUAUGUUUUCUAUCAAUAAUCUGAACUUGCAAAGUGACUAAAGCUGUCAAAUCAAAGUGAAGCAUAAAGUACAAUGUUUCCCUCUGAAAUGUAUUUGAAGUGUAAAGUAGCAUAAAACGCUUCCCUGCAUAAAUUUUCAUCACAUUCUCUCCAAAUCCCUGUCAAUUUGAGGAAUGUAGUCUUUUAUUUUGCGGUAAGACAAAGUCAGAAUCAGAUGUUGAAAAAGACAAGUUCUAUAUAAUUUGAUAUGAUUCACUUGUUUCUUUUGUAGUUCAUGUUUGAUUCUGUAAAGUUAAUCAUUAGAGUUUUGAAAGAAUUCCUCUCCUAAAUGCAGCUUAAGAUUUUCUUUCUGAAAGUAAUGGAGUGAUAUUAGAGGAUACUGAAUAUAAUGGCUCUGAAACCUUGCCAAUAUACAGUGGCCCCUUCACUUUUUAAAUGGAUCAAAUUUUCAUACACUCAAUAAAUCAUCAAUGGCAAAGUGAAACUUU